AACCACUCCAAGCCCCAGUGGGCCCUGUCCACAAAUUGUACCUAGUAAAAAAAAAUGUACACAAUGAUUAAUCAAGGUGGCUAUGGCGGUUUGUUUUACAUUUAUAAUUAGGUAUAAUUUCCAAAUUUGUUGGACGUACCAAGAUGCUUCAAUAAGAGGAACUUGGUCACACGAAUAGCUUAUGGAAUAAAGACAUCAGUGUGAGAGGUCAGCAUGAGCUUCUCAGAAGGCCCUGGGGCGGCCCGCCCCUUCUCCCUGGAGACGGACGACAGGACCGACGAGGAGCGCAAAGCCCAAAGCCGUAAAGGUGUCAAGGAAGACUUCCUGGGCUCUGCUCUGGCCAUGGGUGGCUCCAACAGACCCAAAGCCCCCAUGGAUACAGACUACCAGGAGGAACUGGAGGUGCAACAGCCCAAGAUCAAAUACAACCACAACUUUUACAAGGCGAUGAAAGGAAUGAAGGUGACCGAAGAGGAGAGGAGAAACCGGUUUGAUCUGAAGAAGCUGUUUCAGGCUGCAGCCAGGGGAGAUGUCACCAUGCUGGAUGGGCUGCACGAUUACCUCACCAAAACCAUGAAAAAGCUUUCCCACUCUGAGUAUCAAUCGUACGGAAAGAAUCCCCUGCUCAAGGCUCUUCUGAAUCUUAAAGACCAAAGAAAUGACACGGUGGAAUAUCUCCUAAACAUUGCAGAGCAGAUGGGAGAUUUAAAAGAAUUUGUAAAUGCAGCAUAUACAGACAGUUAUUAUAAUGGCCAGUCUGCUCUCCAUAUUGCCAUCGAGAGGCGGAGUCUCCACUAUGUGACACUUCUGGUCAGUAAAGGAACUGACGUUCAUGUCAAAGCCUGUGGGAGGUUCUUCCAGCUACACAAUGGACCCAGCUUCUACUUUGGGGAGCUGCCGCUGUCCCUGGCUGCCUGCACCAACCAGAAGAACAUAGUAGACUUCCUAAUGGAGAACGAGUAUCAGAGGGCGAGGGUGGAGGACAGGGACUCCCUGGGUAAUACGGUGCUACAUGCGCUAGUGGUGGUGGAUGACAAAGACCAGCAGAAUACCGAGUUCAUCGUCACCAUGUAUGAUCACAUCCUCACCAACACCGCCCGUCUCUACCCCAAUUUGAAACUGGAAGACAUAGAGAACAAACAGGGAUUGACGCCCAUCAAACUAGCCGCCAAAAUGGGCAAGAUCGGGGUGUUUGAGCAUAUUUUGCAUCGUGAGUUCCAGCAUCAAGAGACCAAACACCUGUCUCGUAAGUUCACAGAGUGGGCUUACGGGCCUGUUCAUUCCUCCCUCUACGACCUGGACUCCCUGGACUCCUAUGAGAACAACUCUGUACUCAAGAUACUCGUCUACGGCAGUGACAUUCCUAAUCGUCAUAAAAUGCUCCAGAUCGAGCCCCUGAACAGGCUUCUGGAGGAAAAGUGGGAACGGUUUGCCGCACGAAUCUUCUUCUUCAACUUCCUGGUUUACGUCCUUUACGUGUCAGUCUUCACGUUCAUCUCUUACAACAGGAGGGAGGGCAAGUCCCCUUUCUACAUUCAACACACCAGGGAUGGAUACAUUUAUCUGGCGGGUCAGAUUCUGGUAGCGGUGACAUCUUUGUAUCUCUUCAUAGGAGGGAUCCUAGACUUCAAAAGAAAGCAUCCGAAUCUGCGGAGUCUGGUGAUUGAUGGAUACUGUGACAUCCUUUUUUUCCUGCAGGCUGUUCUCUACAUCAUUUCCUCAGUGCUGGAUGUCUGUGGGAGGGAAGAGUACCUUGGGUUCCUGGUGCUGUGUCUGGCUCUCAGCUGGGUCAACUUGCUGUACUUCUCCAGAGGGUGUGAACACAUGGGAAUAUACAGUGUCAUGAUCCAGAAGAUGAUCAUAAGCGAUAUCAUGCGCUUUCUUUUCGUCUACAUCGUCUUCCUUUUCGGGUUUUCAGCAGCUGUGGUGACGCUACUGGUUGAGCCUUCACCGGUCGCUAAGAACACGACCGCCAUAGGUGGCCGCAGCUUCUUCGCAGCCAACGAGGAUGAGACGUGCACGAAGGUCACGUUCGAGAGCCUCUCCUACACCACCCUGGAGCUCUUCAAGUUCACCAUCGGCAUGGGAGACCUGGAGUUCACGGAGAACUACAAGUACAAGGCGGUGUUCUACGUGCUCCUCAUCUCCUACAUUGUCCUCACCUACAUCCUGCUGUUGAACAUGCUCAUCGCCCUCAUGAGCGGCACAGUGGCCGAGAUCUCCAAAGACAGCACCAGCAUUUGGAAACUACAGAGGGCCAUCACCAUCCUAGACCUGGAGAGGAGUCUGCUCCACUGCCUGAGGAGGAGGUUCCGCUCUGGGGUGGAGAAGGACCUGAGCUCUGGGGGGGACUGGGACCCAGACUCAGAGCAGAAAAAGGACAUUCGCCGGUGUUUCAGAGUGGAGGAAGUCAACUGGGACAAAUGGAACACGAACUUGACGAUAAUCAAUGAGGAUCCGGGGAGUUGUGAUCCAGCCAGGCAACCUCCUACCAACAGCCCUCGGGAGACAACCAGGACCUGGCAAGGCAUCCUUAGGGAGGUCAGUCGACGGCGGCAGCGGCCCCGGAGUCGCCAGUUCAUCCCGGAGUCCAGAGAGAUGUCCCCCCUAUCCGCCAGUCAUGUUUGAGAGGAGACACACAAGCCCUUAUCACCUGCAUUAUUCUCUCCUCGUUGGUUUUCUUCCCAAUAGACUGGCAGACCGGACUACCAGCUGGAUUCAUUUUGUUUCACUACGCCUGACUGGUCCAUGAAUCGAACAGAAUGUUAGCUUGGUAUACCAGACUAUGCGUGUGUCACCUCACAAAAAAAGCUGUUACCACCUCAUACUUGCAAAUUCUGAAAGCUGUCAUGUACUGAUAAAAUGACUAAUACCUCAGGAAAAUAUCACGUGACCAUCCAAACCAAGUUUCCGUGACACCCAAAUACAGUAGUUGUUGUUGAAUAAAAAAAAAAAAAAACUAAAAUUCUUUACAAACGUAAUGAUUAUGUAUUCAGAAUAAUAGGACAAAUAUAUAACAAUGUGUUACUUUGUAUGGAAGUACCAUUACCGACUGCCAAGUCCUUCAUUGUUUCCCGGAAACAAGUGAUUGGUUACUUCCUAUCAGUCUGAAACUGAGCAGGUUUACUCCCCCAAAUGUCCUCAGUUCCCCUGUCAUCAGAGACUAUUCAAUCCCGCUGCUGUUAUGACUGCACCCUGCAUUGCUCAAAAUUCUUGAUGGAGCGACGCUAUACCCAGACAGUCCCUCCUACUGCGAGCCCUUUAUAGAACACUCAUUUCCAUCACUGCUAGACGGCCCAAAGCCCACUGCAGCCAGCCUGUCCUGCAGACUUAAUAGUUUACCUUGUCUACACCCCUGCAUGCGUCUCACAUUGGCUGGCUUGGAAUUGCAGGAUGAAAGCAUCGAAUGAAACGAUAACUGAUUAUUUCCUAUUUCGCUGUUCAAAUCAGUUGUACUCCACCUGAAACUCAAAGGACGCGGUUCUGGGGAGGAUUGUACGGUAUUAAUCUAGCACAACUGCUAGUCAUGCAGAGAGUCAUACAUUUAGUCAUUUAGCAGACGCUCUUAUCCAGAGCGACUUACAGUAAGUACAGGGACAUUCCCCCGAGGCAAGUAGGGUGAAUGUGCCUUGCCCAAGGACACGUCAGUUGGCAUGACCGGGAAUCGAACUGGCAACCUUCGGAUUACUAGCCCGACUCCCUCACCGCUCAGCCACCUGACUCCCAGAUAUAACAGCUUGAAUCCAAAUGUGAGGUUACAGUAGUACCUUAUUUAAUAGCCAUUUGUUUGCAGGAAGGUAGUAAGUUCAAAGGUAUGGAUAAGGAGUUAAAAGACAGGCAGCGACAAUCAACAGAACUCCUAGCAAAGCAUAAAUUAGAACUUUAUUUUAUUAUUACAAUAUUACAAAAAGAGUAGCACAACUCUCACACUCUCGCCUCAUCUGUCAAAAAGCCACAGAGUGUCACGCCAAAGAAAGGCUGGUGGACCUUCUUCCAUUUCACAGCAAUAGUACAAGAAAUAAAGAGGGGAAAAAAAGAACAAAAGAUUUAAAUAACAAGCAAAUCAAGUAUUAUAAAUAGUCACAAUGCAAACUGAAGCUUUGAAACUGAAGAAAAAAAGUGUUGUUACAGCCCAGUAACUAGACAAAGCUUUAAAAUAGAAUUACAAAAUAUUACUCCAUUUCCUGUUUUCAUAAUAAAGUAUCACUAAGGAAUUGCUUUUUUCGUUUUCUUCUAUCAAACAAGACUUCAUUAAAAUAAAGUCAAUUAUAACAAAAAGAGAAAUUGCUGUUCCUCAGUAUUCUUGCAAUACUCACUCUCAUUAUCAUCAUUUUGGGUUCAUUAUAACCAUGCUUGUUUUCAAAAGGAAAGUCCAAGGACCGAAUACUUAAGGCUUUUUAAGGGCUGUCAGGGAAGGAGGCAAACAGGGUGUGGGUUUCAGUGUGUUCCCCCACGCAUACAUCUGCUAACACACACACAUAUAUUCUGAUACAUACACGCACGCACGUUAACCCACAUCAGCAGGCAACAUUCAUCCACAAUCAUUACACUUUAAAGUUACAGUAGUAUAGUAGGUAAGCCAGUGUACAAUAAAAUAAACAAUGCAUUUGCUGUUUCACUUUAACUUAAACAUCCUUUUGUAUACCUCCAAGUGAUCUUGCAAGUGAUCAAUUUGGUAUUUUCAAGCACACUUCAAAUCAGAAUCAGUAGCAACUACACCUAACUUGAGCUACCUCAAUGAUUUCAACAAACUCUGAUUUGGUUCAUAGUUAGUUUCUAAAUGACAUUAGUAACAACUCCUUUCCCACUGCAGUAGCAAGUUUAGUCUUGUGAACUAGUCCACCCCCCCCCCCCCCUUCAACAAACACCUGCAAAACACAACAUCUCAUUUCAACAAUUCAAGUAAUAGUUUUCGGGUUCAGAAGAGAAAAAAAAAGGAAAAUUAAACCAGCACAAAAUGGCACCUUUAAAAAUCAGUUUGUCCUCAAAGAUUCGACUUUGGCCAUCUAAGGCUUCAGAUUGAACCCAUUUAAUUUCUUUGUACCCCCGUCCC